GUUAUUUAAUUCAAGAUCGUUUGUUACAACCUUUCCCUAUGGCCGGCUUAGGUCACGUGACUAACGAGACCUCACGUGACGAGACCAGCACGAGCUGGCUCGUGAUUGGCUACUACAAGAUCACCAGCGACGAGGCGAAGAUUGUCCUCGAAAUCGUUUUCUUCUUCUUCUUCUCCGGCGUCAUCAGCGUCUGCGGGACGGUGGCUAAUGUCAUCAACAUUGUCGUCUUCCUCAAGCAGGGGUUCAGCGAUGCCGUCAACAUCAGUUUACUGGGACUAGCCGUGGCUGACCUUGGAUCUCUGUUGACCUUGAUAUGGAUGAGCGUCUGCUUCAGUCCCUGGUUUCAUUACUCUGACAUUCCGUUGGACGCUAAAGACAUCCAGUACUUAACUGCAGGCUGGCCUCACGUCUGCUUCGCUCGAAUCACCAGCUGGAUCACCGCCUUCAUCACGUUUGAAAGAUGCCUCUGCAUCGCCUUGCCCCUGAAGGUCAAGCACAUCAUCACCCCCAGAAGAACCUUCUACACCGUGUUUGGGAUCUUCCUCCUCAUGUUCGCCUGCGUGACACCCGUUUUCUGCGUCAUCAGCAUUGGGCCGAAAUACUUCGCCGAACGCAACCGCACAGUUUUAGGUCUCGUUUACGCUACCGGGGGUCCGGACGUUGAAAACAUUUCUUUCUCCAUCACCGUCAUCGCGCAACUCACCUCCUUCGUCCUCGUCAUCCUGUGCACGAUAAUUCUCAUCCACAACUUGCUUCUAAAAUCAAGAUGGCGUCAAACUGCGACCAGCGAUCAGAACAAUAAAAAUUCCCUUUCAACCCGGGAUAAGAGAGUUGUUGUAAUGGUUACCUCAAUAUCGUCCAUCUUCAUCGCGUGUUUUCUGCCGAGCGCCGUGAACCUGAUCCUGAUGAUCCACUUCUCCCCAGACUACAGCGUGGUGGGGAGGGAGCAGAACACGUUCCUGGUGUCCUGGUCCAUCCUCAACACACUCGAGGCCACCAGCAGCACGGUCAACAUAUUGGUCUACUACCACAUGAGUUCAAAGUUCAGGCUUUAUUUCUGGCAGCUGUUUGGGAGAAAUGGGACCGACGGGAUAGCUCGUGAUAAAUAA